CUGUCAGACAACCACACACACACACACACACACACACACACACACACACACACACACACACACACAGUAUCAAUUCCUAAUGUAAUGUAAAGAUGUAAGAUGUAAUUAUUAAUAAAUAAAAAAGGGGGGGGGGAUAUAUUCAGAAGUCUGUAUUUUUAAUGUGUUUUAAAGACAUCUUGCAAAAGGGGGGCCUCUGUCAAAUUUUAAUGCCAUUUGGGGGGCCUUGGAAAAGUUUGGGAACUUCUGGCCUAGGGUGCCACCAGCUUGGGGGUGCCAGUGAGUGCCCCAACGCCCCUGCCCCUGUCCAAUAGGAAUCUCGCCUAGGGUGCCAAAAUGUCCAGAAACGGCCCUGACCAGGAGUGUACUUUAAGUUAUAAAAAUAACAUUCCAUUAAUCAGUCUUGACAUUAAAAAGACUGCUUUUCUGCUGUUGUUAUAGAUUACUGCGGUCUAAUCUGGCAGCGCUUUAUAUGACAUGGUGGUUGGGUGUGCCUAUAGUCUGUUAUGUAAGAUUAUGAACAGUCAAAAUGAACAUUUGUCAGAAAAAAAACAAGAUUUCUUUCUUUUAUUUCCACUUUUGAGAUAUUUAACUGCACAGCUCAGUCUAUUUUAUUGUGGGCCCCGUUUAUCCAGCAGUAUACAGUCUGUAUAGUGAACACUUUGUGAGCAGUGGCUUUCUCAUAUGAUUAAGCCACAAACUCGUAUAUGCAGCUUAAUGCGAUAAACUCAGCCGUCCCUAUUCAUAGCCUGUGUGUUCAGAGCCACAAAGCCUUUGGUGAAGACAGCACACAAUUCUCAGAAGACGGUCGACGGAUAAGCAGGUCGUCAGUUUGCAUGAAAUGUGGGAACGAGUUCCGUUGUGUUUAUACGUGCAGUGUGGUGCAGUUCUCGCGCUCACAGUGGCCGGCUUUUUCUUGAUGCGGAAAUGGAUUGCUGGUGGCGUGUGCACAAGUCAAACUCACCUCAGUGGAAAAACAGUAUUGAUUACUGGAGCCAACACCGGCAUUGGCAAGGAAACAGCACAGGAUAUGGCUCGCCGAGGGGCUCGGGUUGUGAUGGCCUGUCGGGACCUGAGACGGGCUGACAUGGCUGUGCAAGAGAUUCGGCGAGCCACAGGAAAUGGGAAUGUGGUCAUCCGACACCUGAAUCUAGCCUCUCUUUAUUCCAUUCAUGAGUUUGCCAAAGAAUUCUUAGCCACUGAGGAACGUCUGGAUAUUCUCAUCAACAACGCAGGUGUAAUGAUGUGCCCCAAGUGGAUAACAGAGGAUGGCUUUGAGACACAACUAGCUGUCAAUCACCUGGGCCAUUUCUUGCUUACCAAUCUUCUGUUGGGAAUUCUCAAAAGCUCCGCCCCGAGUCGUGUGGUGAAUGUAUCCUGUAUUGCACAUGUUGGCGGAAAGAUUCAUAUUGAUGAUCUGUUUUUUGACAAGAGGCCAUACAACUCUCUGGAUAGCUAUAGACAGAGCAAGCUGGCCAAUGUGCUGUUCUCCAAAGAACUUGCUCAGCGGAUGAAAGGUACUGGGAUGACUUCCUACAGCUUGCACCCUGGAGUGAUCCAUACGGAAUUGGGCCGCCAUGUGAAGUCUCAGUACCCCCUGCUAAGUUCUGUACAGUCACCCGUUUCCUUCCUGCUAACGAAGACGCCCUGGCAGGGAGCACAGACCUCCAUCUACUGUGCUGUGACAGAGGGCCUGGAGGACAAGUCUGGAUGCUAUUUUAGUGACUGUGCUGAGAAGGAGCCUGCUCCAGAAGCUAAAGAUGAUGAGGUGGCGCAGAGACUCUGGGACGAAAGUGCUCGACUGGUGGGCUUGACUACAGUGCAGUAGUCUCAUCUACACCUUCUUCCAAUUCUGCAAAGAUCCACUCUAGUGAACUAAAUAGGCAAUCUGAUUGCAUUUGGGCAGUGCAGGGGAUCCAGGAGAAACUAAAAGAGCAGCAAAUCAUCUUUUUUACCCCUGCUGUGUGUAACUCUGCUGGUGAUGGCUGCAGACCAAAUACUCGCCACUUGUGUAGCAGAACAGAAAAUAGAAGAAUUCACUCUACUGGAGUCACCAAGCAACCAGAGAGAUUUGCAUUCAAAGUUUAUUUGAUUACACUUGAUUAUUCAUUCAGAAUAUCUGGGAACAAAGUUGUAUUUCUGGUCCAGCUUCAUUUUUACGUAAUGCUCUUAAUAAGGGAAUUCAGUUGAUUAAGGUUUUUAUUGUGAAAUUCAAAGCCUGUGUUUAAUGUAAUGUAUGUUUAUCUACAUGAUUUAAAGCCUUCAUUUGAAAAUAAGCACAAAAUUUAAUAUCACUCUAAUGUCAGUGAUAGUCUAUUAAAACAUGGUUCUUAAUGUGUAUGCUGUAUACAUAAAUUAUGAUGUACAGUAUAUAGAGCAUAGACAUGUACAUGGUAUAAGACAUGUAUAAUAUGUAUAUAUGCUUUAUAUCUGGUAAUUUUAGGAAGAGUGUUUGGCUCUGUACACCAGCAAAAAACAUAAUUUUGGUUUCACCGAAAGUAUCCAUAAAAUUGUUCAUACUGACAAUUUUGAGAACACUGUACAUUGUUUAUGUUAUGUAGGCUCUUUUUAAAAAAAAAAUUAAAACUGCCAUUGCAUCACCUUGUGCAGUGUCUUGUGUGCUGGCCUUGCAGAAUUUCAGUGACAUGUUCAGUGGGAGAUUUUUUUUUAAUUUACUGCAGCGUGAAUCACUUCUGACCCCUAGAUGGAAGCAAAGUAAGGGAAAAACUACCAGACAAAAGACUUUGGAUCAAGUUUUGGUCCAGUCUAAAUCUGUAUUUAGUACAAAUUUUGUUAGGCCUAUAGAUUUUUAUUUUAUGACUUCUAUAUUAUCUAGUCAGUACUAAAACAUUUUAAAUUUCCAAACAUUAGUUUUGUAGCACAAAAUUAAAUGCAACAGAAAAAGUUUGCAUGCCAGUAAAGAAUAAAGCAGCAUAAUAUGUAAGAGAUACUUCUAAGAUAAAAAAAAAAACUUAAUGAAGGCUGCUGGGUUUUGCUGAAAAAAUACGAAGCAAGUGCAACAGUCAAAGUUUCCAGAAGAACUGUGGGUGCAGGUUUUCAUUCCAAUGUUCCAAUCAUUUUUCCCUCCGCUCUGCUUAAAGCCCCAGUUCCAGCUGAAGAAAAACAGACCUAAAGCAUGAUGUUGUCGCCUCCAUGCUUCACCAUGGGGAUGGUGAUCUUUUGGUGAUAUGCUGUGUUUUUUGUGCUAAACUUAUAGAUUUUUAUAUUAUGGUCAAAAAGUUCAAAAAGUCUCAAAAAGUUUUUUUUUGCAAACUUUAGCUGG